UAUAGGAAAGUGGAAUUAUAAAACGUAGUAUUUGUUUUCAGAGAUUUUGUUUGUAAUGUAAGUUUGUUUCAAUGCCAUUUGUGGUGUCAAAUUAAUUCUUUAGGACCGUGAUGAUGACAUCUAAAUGAUGGAAGGACUACGCGGUAUAAGGCAUUCCUUGGUUUGAAAUUUAGGAUGUUGAUAUGAUUAUUUUAUUGGAUAAAUGCAUGGGAUUUUGCAUAUAAAUUUAUCUACUAUGUCUCUUUCUUUCACACAGUUCCUCACCAUCACUAUAGUAUUUUGAAUUCUCAUCUCUUGUCUAAUGUCAACAAGCACUGACGAUGGUGCUUCAGUUGGGGCUGUAGUUGUCAUCGUUCUGGUGAUUGCAGUGAAGGUUGGAAUUUUGAUUUGUGUGUGCCGAAGAAGAAAUCAGACAGAUAGCAGACCAGUAAUUCCAGGUUCAAAAUUUCUGACACUGGCUAUUGAUAAAUUUCUGAAUGACAUGGAAAGAGAGAAGCCAAUCAGGUUCACUGAUCAACAGCUAAGGAUUGCAACUGAUAACUACUCUAACUUGUUGGGAUCAGGAGGUUUUGGAACAGUUUAUAAAGGAAUUUUUACUAAUGGGACCAUGGUUGCUGUAAAAGUUCUACGUGGAUCUUCAAACAAGAAAAUCGAGGAGCAGUUUAUGGCAGAAGUUGGCACAAUUGGCAGAAUUCAUCAUUUCAAUCUUGUUCGGCUCUACGGAUUUUGCUUUGAGAACAACUUGAUAGCACUGGUUUAUGAGUACAUGGGAAAUGGCUCUCUUGAUAAGUAUUUGUUCCAUGAAAAGAAGACCUUAGGAUAUGAAAAGCUUCAUGAUAUUGCAGUUGGGACAGCCAGAGGCAUUGCUUAUUUGCAUGAAGAGUGCCAACAAAGAAUAAUCCAUUAUGACAUAAAGCCAGGAAAUAUUCUAUUGGACAGGAAUUUCAAUCCUAAAGUUGCUGAUUUCGGUUUAGCCAAGCUUUGCAACAGGGACAAUACUCACAUAACCAUGACUGGAGGUAGGGGAACUCCAGGUUAUGCUGCACCUGAGCUUUGGAUGCCGUUUCCAAUAACUCACAAGUGUGAUGUUUAUAGUUAUGGCAUGCUGUUAUUUGAAAUCAUAGGCAGGAGAAGAAACCUUGAUAUUAAACUCGCUGAAAGCCAAGAGUGGUUUCCAACAUGGGUUUGGAAAAAAAUUGAUACUGGACAACUGGGGGAGUUAAUGAUAGUUUGUGAGAUAGAGGAGAGAAGUAAGGAGAUUGCAGAAAGAAUGAUUAAGAUAGCUUUGUGGUGUGUUCAAUAUAGGCAAGAAUUAAGGCCCAUAAUGAGUGUUGUGGUGAAAAUGCUGGAAGGUUCACUGGAAGUUCCAGAACCUGGGAAUCCAUUUCAGCACUUGAUGGGUGCGGUUACCGUUGCUCAUCCAGUCCAAGAGUCAAAGACGUAUAAUACAACAACCAUUUCAUCUGGGUCUUCUGUUAUAGUAACAGACUCCAGCGUUGUAUGUGCUACUCCUAUUAUGAGGAAGUAUGAGAUUGAAUUGGCCUCUAGUAAUGUAUGAUGGAGAAUAUAUGCUACUUGAUGAAAUACAAGUACGAAGAUAUUUUCCUUUCUAUUAAUUGGAUUCAAAUUUAUCCACUUAAUGUACGUAUCUUUUUUUGGGUCA